AUGCCGUCUCUCAAACGCGCUUCGGAGUCGUAUGACUCGGAAAGCCCAGACAACACCGACUCUGAGAGUGCUGCUUCGCCCUCACAACCUCAUUCCAGAAAACGACCUCGCCCUUCGCCUUCCCCCUCUGAAGACGAUGUUAGUGACCACAAUACUACUCCACUAGCCGACGACGCGCUCCUAGACGAAAGUACAUUGGAGCUACAUCAGACCCAAAUUCUUCAAGACAAAUAUUCACACGUCAUCGAUGAAGCCAACGUGCCAGCAGAACAUGGCAUUCUGGAAAGAGUGGAUUGCUACAACUUCAUGUGUCAUGACCACUUUUCGGUAGAAUUGGGGCCUUUGAUCAAUUUUAUCGUGGGGAAAAAUGGUAGCGGGAAAAGCGCUAUCCUAACAGCACUUACUCUCUGCCUUGGGGGUAAGGCCUCUGACACAAAUCGGGGACAAAGCCUCAAAAGCUUCAUCAAACAAGGCAAAGAGAGCUCUACGAUCGUUGUUCGAAUCAAAAACCAAGGAGAGGCAGCGUACAUGCCGGCCGAAUUUGGCAAAUCCAUCAUCAUUGAGCGUCACUUCACGAAGAGUGGGAGCAGCGGAUUCAAAAUCAAGUCUGAAAAUGGCCGCAUCAUCUCUACCAAAAAGGCAGACCUGGAUGCUAUUACAGACUACUUCUCUCUGCAGAUCGACAACCCCAUGAACGUGCUUUCUCAAGACAUGGCACGUCAGUUCCUGAGUUCAUCUAGCCCACUGGAGAAGUACAAGUUUUUUGUGAAAGGAGUGCAGCUAGAGCAACUAGACCAGGAUUACCGUGUGAUUGAGGAUUUUGUCGAUCAAAUGGAAGAAAAGUCUCGAAGUCAAGCCCAAGACAUUCGGAUCCUAGAGCAUCAAAGAAACUUUGCUAGAAAGAAGCUGGAAGCCUCUGAUAAGCACAAUUCGCUGAGAGAACGUGUGCGCAAUCUCCGACACCAGAUGGCUUGGGCUCAGGUGGAAGAACAAGAACGAAUAAGGGAAUCCAUUGCCCAGGAAGUGAUCAAAGGAAACAACGAGGUCGCUAGGGCAGAAUCUGCGCUCAGCAGCUUCGAUACUCGACUGGAGCAUAUUGAGCACGAAUCUGAGACAGCAGCAGAGCAUGCGUUGCAAGCUGACCGUAUCGUUGAAGAAGCGCGAGGCGAUAAGGAAGAACAGAAGCAGCAGAGCGAGCUAAAGCAGAAAGAGCAUGGAAACCUUCUGGCUCAAGAACGCGAGAUCAGAAAAGCCCUCGAAAAUGCUGAGCAACAAAGGGACAAACACCAGCAGGCCAUCGAUGCCGAAAAUCAACGACUUGCUGAAAUGAGCAAUGGGAGCCAUGCUCGAAAACAGACAGAGUACGAAGAAGCAAAGCAGUCUGCGGAUGAUGCCCGUCGAGUCUGGGAUGAAUAUCGCACAGGCAAGGCCCGGCUGGUUGAGGAUCGUCAACAAGCUCUAAACGAAGAGGCGGCCGCUAAAAGGCAAGUCGACGAGAAGGAAAUGGAAUUUACUCCAAGCCAUCCAACAAGAGACCAGAUUCACAAAGCCCCCCCCAUUGGUCCUGUUGGCCAUUAUAUCACCUUGUUAGAAGCGAAAUGGGCAUGCAUUGUUGAACACUCUGUGGGAAACAAUCUGAGUGGCUUCAUUGUUGAUUCAAAACGAGAUCAAGGGAUCUUACUGAAUAUCAUGCAUCGCGUGGACUGUGUCUGUCCAAUCUUCAUUGGACGCGGUGGUGAAAUCGAUACCUCUUCAAAUGAACCCGAUACUCGAUAUGCCACUACACUGAGGAUUCUACAGUUUGAUAAUCCAGAGGUCCAACGGCUACUCGUCAUUCAAAACUCUAUUGACCAAACCCUUUUAAUUGAGAACUUGGAUGAGGCAUUUUCAGUGCUCUACGAUGGUCCAAGGUUGCGAAAUGUCAAACGGUGUUUUUGCAUCGAUGCUAAAGACAGACGUCGAGGUGUCAUGCUCACUUACAACAAAUCUGGCGACCCUAGUCAAGGACCAGUGCCCAUUCAAAAAGGGCAUCCGCGAGUAAAGUCUGACGCUGCCUCCCAAAUCAGAAGCCAAGAAGAAGUUGUUCAAGACCUCAAAGGCCACCUCAAAGAACUCAAACAGGACCUCGAAACUGCUCGCUCUCGGGUCGAAGCCUGUAAAAGAGAAAUUGCUGCGCACGAUGGAAGAGAACGCGAACUAAAACUCGAAAUGCAACAGAAGGAGGAUGAGAGGGAAAGGCUUCGUGAAGCCCUUGAAAAUGGCAAUGAGGCAUCGCAAAUCGAUAUGCUCCAGAAUCUUCUGGCCAAUACGGAAGGGGAAAUAGAAACUCACAGAGGGUCCCUCAACGACUGUCAAGCCGCCAAAGCAGAGAUAAUUCAGGAACUCAAACUUCUUAGGCGUGGGCUUGGGGCACAGGAUCAAAAAAUCACAGAGCUGGAACAAAAUGCUCGUGUCGCCGAAAGCGAGCGGUCGCGCGUGGACGCCAGGAAGCAUGAAAUCAUCACCGAGAAAAACUCAGCUAUCGCAAUGAUACAACAACGGCAGGCUGAAGUUAGAAGGCUCCAAGAAAAAUGGCAAAAAUCUACUGAACGAGUUCAAGAGUUCACCACUAAGGCAGAGUUGGUUUCCACCCGACGGGUCCCGAUUGAUGAGGGCGAGACACCAACCAGCCUGGACACCAAACUCGAAAGGUUGCAGCGUGACCUGAAUAACUACAAUGCGCAACUUGGGGCUUCCAGGGAAGAGAUCGCAGCCGAGGCAGCACGUACCGAAACGAUAUACCAGCAGGCCGUGGCGCAGAUAGAGGAAACAGGCCAUCUCGUUGACUAUUUCAAACAAACCCUCCAAAACCGCAAAAGGAGAUGGGAAAUCUUCCGAGCGCAUAUUUCCUCGAGAGCCAAGGCGCAGUUCACAUAUCUCCUGAGCGAAAGAAGCUUCCGGGGCUAUCUCCUUCUGGACCACACCAAUAGAAGGCUAGAUCUUCAGGUCGAGCCCGACAUCACGAAGCACGAUGGCACUGGUCGGAAUACCACGACCCUUUCGGGUGGUGAAAAAUCCUUCUCACAAGUCUGUCUGUUGCUCGCUCUCUGGGAAGCUAUGGGCUCGCCAAUCCGCUGCCUGGAUGAAUUUGAUGUGUACAUGGACCAUAUCAACCGAAAGAUGUCCAUCGAGAUGCUAUUGCUUGCUGCACGUCGAUCCAUUAGGCGACAAUUCAUUCUCAUCACUCCCGGAACCCGAUCUGACAUCAAAAUCGGGCCGGACGUUCAUGUCAAGGAACUCUCUGACCCUGAGCGCGGUCAGACAACGUUGCCCUUCCAACGGGGAUGA